ACGGACGGCAUUGUUCCGGAUCCACGCCGAACCUGGUGGUAGCAACCUCGGCGAUCUGCUGAUGCCGAUUACUAUAGAAGUUCUGAAUAUGAACAUGCAAUAUCAAUCUACACCUAACACUCCUGCGUUUGGAGGGGUACGAAGGACUUCAGUAAGGCCAAAAUGCCGUGAGCUCUCAAAGGACGAAAGCGAGGGCAUCUUGUUUGCUUUCGAAACGCUUGAUGCAGAACGCUCAGGUUUCGUCAGCCGAAAGCAGCUGAAGGUAGCUCUUCGGGCGCUGGGAUUCGAUGUAAGGAAGGCCGAUGUUCUCGACCUGCUUGCACGGCACGGCGAACAGAACGCGGAUCGUUUGGACUUCCAGACGUUCCGUGAGCUCGUGGCCGAGGUGUUGUCGCAGCGCAGCGCCAUGGAGGAGCACCGCCGGGCCUUCCAGCUGUUCGACCACCUGGGACAAGGCGCCAUCGACUUUGCGGCGUUGAAGCGAGUGGUGCGGAGCCUGGGGCUGGACAUUCCCGAUGAGGAACUGCAGGACAUGAUUCACGAGUUUGGCAAGGAUGGCCUCAUAACGGAGCAAGACUGGCUGGCCAUCUUGAACGCCGACUAAGGUGCACAGACAGCAUCCGCGCAGCGUUGGCCGCCAUGUGGUUCGUUUAGCCCAACGGCGCACAGCCUCGUUGGUUGUUUGGAGGCACAGGCACAAGACCCUAGCAACAGACCAGGGAGCCAUGGGCUAACACGGAUGCCCCGAUGUACGGUAGUCAAUGUUUUGUAUGUACAGCUGUCUAAGUAGAAGCCUAAGUAUUACUUGCAUGUCGUGCAAGCCGUGUGCUUUCUUGCGUGGCUGGUUUCGCCCAUGUUUCCAGCAAGAUGUCCCCGACAAGAUGCCGCUAGC